CAAAACAAUCAGACCACGCAUCAGAGGGACGCGGUUCGUGAUUGAUCGUGAUUUGUGCUGGCUUGAGAACUGUUUCUAGAAGUCAAGAUCUUGAGCUCGGUUUGAAUAUUUGUGAUUAGUUUAUUGAAAGUUGAGCAUUGUUUACUGUUCUUUCUUUUUGUUACAGUUUUUAAGCUGAAUAGCAGUAUAUUCAGUUCAACUGUUGAUAUUGGGGUUAGGGUUUAUUUAUUUGUCUAGUUUUGGGGAUUUUAAGUGUUGGGUUGGGUAGGAUUACUAGAUUCUUGAAUUGGGCUUGUGGGUGUUUUGGAUGAAAUGCGGCAAUUGUUGAUUGAUUGAUUGAUCGAGCUAAUUAGAAGCGGAUGAGACGCCGGCCGGCGUUGAAUAGCCCUUUAGAGCCAAUGGAUAAGGGAACGGGCAAACAUCAACAAAAGAGGCUAUGUUUUUUAGCUUCAUUGUCUGUAAUCUUUUGGAUUCUGUUGUUAUACUUUCAUUUUGCAGUACUUGGAAGUAAUACUGCUAGUGAAUCUACCCAAUUUCCGAUAAAUCCCACUAACCAGGAAUCUACCUCUGUCCAUUGGGUCAAUGCCCGUGUUACUGAACCCCAUAAAGAAGCCAGCAAUUUUGUUGAUAAUAAAUCUACCCAAAUACAAUCCAAUCCUGUUAUCCCAGAUCCCGUUCCUUCCGAUUUAUCUAAUGCUGGAGUUAAAGAAGAACCUGGCAAAAAAGCCACUGAUGAUGGUAAUGAUGAAAAGGAGAAUUUUCCAUUUAUCAGGGCAUUGAAAACAAUCGAGAACAAGAGCGAUCCUUGUGGAGGUAGGUACAUUUAUGUGCAUGAUCUUCCUCCGAGGUUUAAUGAGGAUAUGCUGAAGGAGUGUAGAAGAUUGAGUCUCUGGACCAAUAUGUGUAAGUUCAUGAAAAAUGCUGGACUAGGGCCUCCGCUUGAGAAUGUUGAGGGGGUGUUUUCCAAUACUGGGUGGUAUGCCACGAAUCAGUUUGCAGUUGAUGUGAUAUUCAAUAACAGGAUGAAGCAGUAUGAUUGCUUGACAGAUGAUUCUUCCAUUGCUGCAGCAAUUUUCGUGCCAUUUUAUGCAGGGUUUGAUGUUGCUAGGUAUCUUUGGGGGCAUAAUAUAUCAACCAGAGAUGCUGCUUCGCAUGAUUUGGUUGAUUGGCUAAUGAAGAGGCCUGAGUGGGGUAUCAUGGGUGGGAGGGAUCAUUUUCUGGUGGCAGGGAGGAUAACUUGGGAUUUCAGGAGAUUAACCGAUGAAGAAAAAGAUUGGGGGAAUAAGCUUUUGUUUCUCCCAGCUGCGAAGAAUAUGUCCAUGCUUGUGGUUGAAUCAAGUCCCUGGAAUGCAAAUGAUUUUGGCAUUCCGUAUCCGACGUACUUCCAUCCGGCUAAAGAUGCUGAUGUUUUUAUUUGGCAAGACAGGAUGAGGAAAUUGGAGAGGAAGUGGCUCUUUUCUUUUGCCGGUGCUCCACGUCCUGACAACCCCAAGUCAAUCAGAGGGCAGAUCAUUGACCAGUGUAAGAGUUCGAAGGUGGGCAAGCUGUUGGAAUGUGAUUUUGGGGAGAGCAAGUGUCAUUCCCCAAGCAGCAUAAUGCAGAUGUUUCAGAGCUCCCUCUUCUGCCUGCAACCUCAAGGAGAUUCAUACACACGGAGAUCUGCCUUUGACUCAAUGUUGGCCGGUUGCAUACCUGUCUUCUUCCAUCCAGGUUCGGCUUACACACAAUAUACUUGGCAUCUUCCAAAGAAUUAUUCUACAUAUUCGGUUUUCAUUCCGGAGGAUGACAUCCGUAAGAGAAAUAUUAGCAUAGAGGAAAGGCUCAGACAAAUUUCUCCUGAGCAGGUUAAGAUCAUGAGGGAGACUGUUAUCAAUCUUAUACCAAGGCUGAUAUAUGCAGAUCCUCGCGCAAAAUUGGAGACUCUUAAAGAUUCUUUUGAUGUUGCUGUACAGGCAGUCAUUGACAAAGUUACAAGGUUGAGGAGAAAUAUCAUUGAAGGUCGUACAGAAUAUGAUAAUUUUGUGGAGGAGAACGCAUGGAAAUAUGCUUUGCUAGAUGAAGGGCAACGUGAGGUAGGAGGUCAUGAGUGGGAUCCUUUCUUCUCAAAACCGAAGAAGGAUGGUAAUGGUGAAACUGAUGGUUCGUCAGCAGAAGCUGCAAAAAAAUCUUGGAAAAAUGAGCAAAGAGAUCAAUCACGGUAGCAGUUGAUUAUAUAACAACUGAUGUGAUGAUAUCUACUACCCACGGUUGCUCAGAACACGACUUUUGACCUCGAGUCAGGUGGGUUGUAGGCUUUGCUAUGAAAUCAUUGUAGAAACUGCCAUCAAGUAUAGGCCAUGCUCCAUGUUUUGGACCAGAAUAUACACAUUUUCUUCUUCUAAUACAGUUUUUAAUAUAGAAUCUCUUACAUGUUGCAAUCUGAAUUUGGCUUAGAAAUUCUUUGUAAUGUAUUGUAGCUCAGAAUUCAAUUUUUUGUCUUCCUAAGGUGUUCAACCAAUGCAUACUAGUAAUAAUCAUGAGUGAUUAACAAGUAUAUCUGAGUUAAUUGCAGUUAGC